UUGCAGAAAAUAAAACCUCCCAAUUUAUCAACGGUGACUCAAUACAAUUCAUUUGAUGAUUAUUUGGAUGUAUACAUCGACAGAGUGAAGACAUCUUUAGACAAAAAUAACAACAUAACUUUAAAAAACGUCAUGUCAAGUUACAAAAAUGAUUAUGCAACAACUCUUUUAACAACGGGACUAUAUUCAACUCAUCUUCCUCGAUGGAUAAAUACAUUCAAUUCAUCUAAUUUGCUCAUUUUGAACGGAGAAAAAAUGAUUGAGGAUCCAGGACAUCAGGUAGAACGAAUGCAAGAUUUCCUCGGGAUACCGACGCUUCUACAAGCAGGAGAUUUUGUUCGCAAUUCACGGAACGGCCUAUAUUGUAUUCGACCAUGGUGGAAUGGUUACGACUUUAAAGCGGAAUUCAACAAUUCUCCGGAUUGGGAGAAAAAUUUGUUAUGUUUGUCAGAAACAAAGAAAGGCAGAACCAGACAUAAAAACGGAAAAGUAAAUGCAACGAAAAAGCAUAUUAUUGAAUUGAAAAACCUUUAUCGAUCUUAUAACAGAGAACUUUACAAGAUGUUGGAGAUUAAUUUCGAAUGGCUAUGAAUUGUAGUUGCCAGUUUUUACUUUAACUAGCACUGUUAAACACUGCCACUGUAACUAGCUUUCGUAGAAAUAUAAGGUACUUCUCGUCAUUCUAAGGUUAAAUCAAGCAUUGCAAAUUUCUUUCUAUAAAGGAAGCUUUGGCAUUCUGUUACCCUAUUGUUUAAGUCUAAACCUACUUUGACAAUAAAUUAAUAAUUCCAUCUACACAGUUUUUAUGUCAUUUUAUCAAUAAUGAUUUUUGUUGGCGAGAUUUACAUUUUCUAUUUAUGGUGUUUCGUAUAUUUGUUAAAAAUGGUGGAAGUUCCGUUUUUUUUUUAUAAUUCUGAGCAGCCAUGUAACAGAUGUGAUGCAUCGCUAUUUCUGAUUUAAAGCUCAACAUUUUAGUCUACCAGAAAGCAGUAGGUUCAGGACAAUAAAUUUGUUUCAGUAAAUACGUCAAGAUAAACAAUAUGAAAAACUAUUAGACCAAGGUUAGUAUUUUACAUACAAAUAUAAUUAUAAAAGUAGGAAUUACUCUGCCGUUGUUACACAAGGAGCUGCUUCAUUAUUGUAAUACCCGGAAUCUUUUCGAUUCAGAAUAAACUUGAUAUUUUGAACGUGACAUUUGUACCCUGUGAGGCCAACAAAACUAGUCCAACACUUUUACUAACAAAAUUGCCUUAAUCAGUGGUUUCAGUGUUCGAUAGGCGAAAAAAAAUUAUCGUCGUACAACCUGAAACUUUGGUUUCGAAUACAACUCUUAGAAAACCUUUCAAAUUAAUUAUCGCUCCUGACGUCAAUUUGUAUUUUGCAAUCACUGAAAUUAUCAAUAUUUAAUAUUUCAAAAUGUAAU